AUGGUAGUCUCAAUGGAUUCGAUGCGGGAGCGCGAUGAAGAAAACAUGCCAAAUGCGGCGUUUCGGGCUGAUAUUGUCGAGAAACUCCAGCCCGGCUUCGCUAGAGCGACGACCGAGCGUGGCCGCCUCGGCUUCCAGAGUGCCGUACAAAUGGAAGAGUUCAUCUUCCAACGUACUGGCAGCCGUGAGGAAUACUUCCGCGUCGUCGUCAAACUGAUCAACGCGAUGACCCAGGCCCGUAUGUUC